UUUUCAAACCAUAACAUUACCAUUAUGUACCAAAUUUAGACUUAUUUUAUGUUUUUAUUCGACGAUGACUUGUAAAUAUGGCCCAUUUUAAUAACUACGAUAGAGCUUUAGUUAUUUUCUCCCUCCUCUCAUACCUCACAGACAUCGCCACAGACAUUGCCUUGAUUGUGUACUUCCUGUCGUUGGGACAUGCAGUAUGGGGAGCCCUGACACUGAGCUUUGUGGCGCUGUCUGCCAUAUUGAUGCAGGUUUUCAGUUUCCAUUGGCAUGUAACAGACCGCACGCUGACAUGGAGAACAUUUGUGGUGCACAUCCUAUUCUUGGCUCCAACACACAGGUACAUUGCUGUAUAUCGUCGAGGCAUGAAGUCUCGGAAGACGGGGAGAAUGGAAGACCUGGAGGCUGCAUACAGAGGGUUGAAUGAUAUCAGCAUUCUGCGCCUCUUUGAGACGUUUCUUGAGUCUGCCCCUCAACUCAUUCUCCAACUUUACAUUGUUCUUUCUGACCUAGACAACUAUAACACCCUCCUUGGCUUUUCCCUGUUCUUCUCCCUGACGUCUGUUGCCUGGGCGAUGACCUCAUACAUGGACGCCCUCCAUCUAGCUUACCAAAAGCUGUACAAGCGUAGCUGGAUGGCCAUGUUCAUGCACGUGUUAUGGCAGUCAGGGAUGGUCACAGCCAGAGUUGUGUCCAUUGUCCUCUUCACUACUGUCUUCCAAGCCUACGUGGCCAUUCCAUUGGCUGUCCAUUUUGUCAUUAUGAUGGUCUGGAUAACCAGGCUGAACCCUGAGUUUGGCACAACAAAAUGCGAGCGCCGCCUCUUCACAGUGAUUUCCUCAGUUAUCCACAUUUUCUGCUUCCUGAACUUGAAGGACGGCAUGGCUCGCUAUCGCAUGGCUUUCUUCUACAUCCUCGUACUGGUGGAGACGGCCAUGUACAUGACUGUCUGGUACAUGUGUAAGACAUUUGUGGGGCCCAUCUGGUUUGAUGUGACUGCAUUCUCUGUGGUGUUUGGCAGCUUCGCUUUUGGCACCCUGUGUAUGCUGCUGUACUAUGGAUGUUGUCACAGCAGUGGGCCGGCCCCACUCAGGAAGAAGCCCCAGGAGUUCCUCAAGCCUGCACACCACAGCUACAGGCCCACAGGGAUACACACACCUUCAUACGCACCCAGAAAGGAACAGGAGCCAGAGAAGCAGCAGUUUACCAAACCAGUACGACAGCCAAUAUUUGACGUAUCCACCACAUCUGCUCGCAUCAACCAGUGGCUUAGUGCGUCCCUGGACCUGAGUAAGGAGGGGCUUACCGACAACCCGGACCGCAUGCUUGACCCCGCCAUCCGAACACGUAACCAUGGUGACUGGGUUGCGGGUGCAGAUGGACUGUCACUCACUGGUAGUGGGGCUAAUGGCUCUGCUGGGAGAUCUUUGCUAGAUGGUUCGAGGAACAUGUCUGGGCUGCAGGUGAGCAGUACAGGUGACCAGUCGCAUCUAGGUCGCUCUGCCUUGGCCACAAGUCUACAGGAGAGGUCCCAGCACUCUAUCCCUGACCAAAACCUCAUUGAGAUGUUCUCACAGAUCAGACAUGACCCAUCUUUUGUCUCCAAUACCUCUAUGAGUGACUCAUUCUUUGAUCAAACACGAAGACAGAGUGGAGGCAAAGACGCACUAUCACCACAGCAAAACUCAAGUGGGUGGUGUACAAAUGAGCAGCAAAACUUGUUAAGUGAGAUCUCAAUACCGAAAGGGAGACAAUCAAGAGUGUCCAACAAUUCUGACUUGUCCUUGAAGCAUGAACGAUCUCCUUAUUCCCCACAGAACAGACUGUAUCAGUAUGACCAGCAUAACUCCCUGAAUGAACUACCAUACUCCAAGGACAGACAUUCCAGGCCCUCAAAUGAUUCAUCUAGGUCUACCACAUAUGAACAAUCGCCAUUGAAUUCUGGCUAUCAAAAUAAUUAUAUUUCACCAAAAUACAGCAGUCUGCCAGUAUUCUAUGGACAAGAACAGGUAAACCCUUCUACAGAAAUGCCUUAUCUGAAAGGAAGGCACUCGAGACUGUCAAAUGAUUCAGCAAGGUCUGCUGGCUUUAAUGAUUCCUUGAAUGGAAAUGUCAGCACUGAUCGACUGAACCCAGUGAAUAUUUCACCUUUAGACCCCAGCAAGCUGUGGGAGGAAUCACAAAACAGACUGGCUGUCACACCUAAACUGAGGGAUUACAUGAACAUGCCUAGUGCUGAUUCAGAUACACAACUAAAUAGAUCUGAUGAAAGAAAAGCUGUUGUGACAGUAACACCAGAUGAAUGCAGGGGGAUCACCCAUUUAUCAUUGUCUUAUAGUGACUUGAACUCAGCUGACAAUACUAUGAACAAACAAAACAGUUCGAGUUGUGAAAACAGCAGACAUGUUCCAAAUAGCUCUUACUACAAUAAAUAUGGUGUGAGCAAAUCCAUUGAGUCUAUAAAUGAGAGUAAGAACAUGGGUGACUCACAGCUGUUGUCAUUCUCUGAUACCUCCCUGCCUCUCCCGGAUAGUUCUUCAGGAUCACGACAUCGCCUGUCAGACCCCCAGCCAGAUAUAGUCCAGAGUGUGUCUGGAAUGGGCAAUAAGUCGGGGCACGGAGCAGACAGACAUAGGGGUCAUCACAAUAAAAAUUCGCCUGGAGACAGUGGUCGGAUGCUAUCCACUGGAAGCCUAAGUAGCAGGGAGUGCUCAUCAUACCUGUCUGAUAGAGGUAUUUCAUCAUCAGAUAAAGGUCUGUCCUCCUCCAACCAGACAAGUGACAACUCAGCCCUGAGGUCAAGAUCUAGCGGAUUCCAGAGUGAUGAUUCAAACUUCAGUAUGGCUAGCCCAUCCUGCUUGAAUUUCUGUGCUCAGAAUCAGUUUCAGUCUACCCCACUAGUAGAAAAUGAAAUAACAUCCAUUACCUCUACUCCAAGUGAGCUACCAGUCACAAGAAAGAAAAGGAGCUUAGACAAUGAAGUAUUUGAGCCAUCCUUCAGUUCACAAUCUGAUAAUCCAUAUAGAUCUGAAGCCAAAAAGAGACAAUUCAUGAAUAACCCUACAGGUGCUCUGUUUUUCUCAGAGUCUAAUGAGCAGAUGGAUUCUCCAAGCCUGCCUCCACUAAGAGUGUCCAGACGGUCGUCAUCAGCAGAGUCUGGGUCAUCAGGGAGGUUUUUUAAAGAUCCAACACUGGAUGAUGAUGAUAUUAGUCAGUCCCAGGCAAGAUCAGAUCAAGAUUUAUCCAAAUAUCCUAACUUGUCAUCAGCAUCAUUGAGGCAGAGAGGUAGCAGCAGCACAUUCAUGGAAAAGUCCAGUCUGUCUGCUCUGUUGUCUGACAUGUCCAACAGCAGAUCUGGAGGGAUGCAGUCAUCGGAGGAGACUCUGUCACUGUCCUCUGACCCUGACUCGCUGAAAAGAAACUCCCGAAUAAAGCAGGGUGAUAGUCCAAUGAAAAAGGCUGCCAGCUUGCCCUACCUAGAUUGUAACAAUGAGAUUGGUGAACUACGAAGUGAUUUAAUAGGGAGUUAUGCUAGCCUGCCCUACAGAAAGCAAGUUUCUGAUUACUUGUGUAAAGAUGAUAGUGAGAAAAAUAGGCUUCAAGAGCUUUAUUCUGAAUACUCUGAAGCAAAUACUUCCACUCCAGUGGCAGUGACCAGUGAUAAGGGAGCAAGAAACAAUGGUGUACCUAACUACGUUAAUAUUGACACUCUUAAUAUUGGUAAAGUGAAAAACAGCUGUGAUUCUCCAUUCAGACUUGGUACAAAUGUGGAAAAAUUCAGCAGAGAGAGGUGGCGGACCAGCUUGGAUGAGGAAAUGAGAGACCAGUUGGAGAAGGACAUGGAGAGACUGGCUCCUAAGAAAUUACAUCAGAUUAGAGCCAAGAGCGAAGUUCCCCGCAAAAAGAUCUCCCCUGUCAAUAUCACCGAAUAUGCAGAAUCUCCUUAUAAAUUUAGAAACCAACCUAAAUCCAGUGCUGUGUAUGAGAACAUAAAAUCUGUGAGCAGAGACAGUCUAACAGAAAGUGUGAGUUCUGCAAACACAUCAGUGCAUCCUGACUAUGAAAAUCUGUUUGUUCAGAGUGCAUUUCUGGCUAAAUGCCCUAUUGCCACUCCAGAAAGCCUGUCUGAUUCACUGUAUGGUGAAGAACCUAUUGAACAUACUACUAUUUCAGACUAUGGCAAGAAAAAACGAACAUUAUCUGGUGUACCUGAAAGGCAGGAGGAGGUACAUAAUGAAUCACUGAGUGAUGAAAGUGUUAGGUCUAUAGAACUAGGGAGAAAUAAAUCUCCAAUCAACAUAUCUGGAGUGAAUAGUGCUUUCAGGCAAGUCAAAAGAAGUCCAGAGCCAGGCAACACUAGUCCAGGGACAGCCACCACUAAUGCUACAUACGUAAUGCCUAAUGACAGUGUAAACAGUACUGGGGAAUGGUCGUUGAAUAACAGAACAGCAGAUAACCAGUUUGCAGUGCCAACCAGUAUACCCAGGCGACGUUCCAAUGUGUCACAUAUCUCACAAGGCUCAACAAUAUCUGAUACUGCAUCUUCAUCAUUCCAGUGGACAAUGGACUCAGAUGUGACAUCUGCCACUGGCAUGCUAGAAACCACUAAUCAGACUCCCAGGAAUUUCCUCAAGAUGGCUGGUAAGAAUGCGCUCAGCUUCUCCAUGUCAAGUUAUCCUAGGGAUGACAGCGUUAGCCAGUGUUCAUCCCAGCAUUCCUACUCGGACUCCAUACCCUGGGAAGACUCAGCCAACAAGUCAAGUUCUUUUCAAGCUCCCGAUAAUUUGAGAUCUACUUCCAGACAACCCUUGAAAGCACUAGAGAACACUCCAGUUUUUUCACCCAUAUAUGGGCAAGACAAGGGAAUCAGCUUGGAGAUGCUGAGUCGUAAGAGGUUUAUGAGCACACCAAAGUUGUCCACAGGUUCAGAAAUGAGUGUGUCGAGGAUGUCUGAUGAGUCUGGGUCCAUGGUAGGAACCAGAACCCCGCACAGGCGGCGCAGUUCAGGGAUAAACAAGCGCACCUUCGCUGACAACACAAGUACGUGGAGCUCACAAAGUGAGGGAGAUCUGGAAAACAUGGUACCCAGCCGGGAGACCUCUGUACAUGAUCAGAGUCACGGCCUGAACAAAACAACUUAUAUUUAAACUUUGUACUGGAUUUUGGUUUUAUUCAGUUUUAGACGAGUGUUGUUAGAUCUGACAUUUAGAUUGGCCAAGUUUUAUGAACUAUCUUUGGCUUACUUAAGUUAGCAUAGUUAUUCAUAAUAUCAAAUUGCAAACAUUACAGUGAAUUCUAGUAUAUUAAUAUAUAGUGAAUAUUAGUAGAUUGACAUGCAUGAUGUUGAUGUUAUGAUAUUGUCAUUAGAAUGUGGCGUAUUUUGGUAUUGUAUCUUUAAUUCAACACAUCUCGAGUUCUGACGAUAUGAUUUUCAAUUACUUAAAAGCCUAUAAUUAUGAUGUAUAAAUAAAAAUUCAAAGCAUUUUUUUCCCUGAUGUAUACCUUUGAUAUGAUAAAACAUUGUAAAAGUAAGUUGUUUUUUAUUCCACAUUUCAGUUCAUCAUAAUUUUAGACUGUGGUAUAUUUUAUUUAGGAUUUUAAUUGUCAUUUCAAGAAAAAGUCAUUAGUAUUUUGUUACAUUCAAUUCUAGAAAUGAACUACACAGCUAUGUACAAUAUCUCCACACCUUGCCUAUCUAUACACCUGUUGGUCACAUUUAUCUUUUUUAUGGUUUGAUAUUCUAUAAAUCCUAUCCUCUCAGUUUUAUGGUUUUACAUUUUACCGUCCUCGAUUUGUAGUUUAUAAGUUUGUAAAUAUAAAUGGUUAGGGAGUGUCUUGAUGUUACUAUUAGUUAUUGUUUAAAUUACAACCUUAUCCAUUAGCAAAAUAUGUAGGAAGAUGUGUUUUUUUCUAACAUGUAUAAUUGAUGGAAACCAGAUUGAGUAAUAGUUAAAUGGAAGUAUUAUUUACAUUUUGUAUUCCCUUACUUUGUAUCCUUCAAGUUUUAGUCCCAUUCCUUUCAUGUUGUAUAUCAUUACUGUUUAUAAAUAUACUUCUUGCUCCGAUAUUAGUCUUUUUUAUAUAAAUUCACUCAUUCCUUUCAUCAAUUGUAAGAUUUAAAAUAUUUAAAGGUUUUGUAAACUUAUCUAUAUGGUUAUGUAUUAUUAUGCUUGUAGGUCAAGUACGGUAUGUACAUUAGUUUUGUAAACAUUUUUUUCUUCUACCACUGGUGUGUUCAUCAAUAAACUGUGUACACUUUGCAA